AUGGCGAGAUUCGAAGGCUACGUCCCCCUAUCCUUCUCCGAAGACGGCAUCAAUGCCAAUGAAGCUGUCUACACAUUGGAAUCACGUCUGCAAAAGGUUGUCAAAGGCUCUGUCAUCGUCUUGGGCGUUCUCGGAGCACUGGGUACUGGUUAUGUGCUGGGCUCGUCGAAGGGAGCCAUUGCAGCGACUACUACACUUCCGGCUGGCGAUGUCCACUAUUAUAUGCAAUUUAAUGAGACAUUUCCUCAAAGACCAAACGAGGAGAGUGAUGCAGCGUGGGCUUCUCUCUUUCCAGAGAAACUCGGUUUUAUUCGGCAUCCAGUUCUUGCACCGGGCGUAGCUGGUAUUGCUGUUUUUCAUGAAUUGCACUGCCUUGUAAAUCUCCCCAACUCUGCUUUCUGGGCUUCAGUGGAUGGGAAUCUCGAGGAGAUGGGUGACGAGUCGCGCGAGAAAAACCAUCGAACCAGCCAUCACCACGUCCGACACUGCUUCGAAUACCUCAGGCAGUCACUCAUUUGCCUCGCCGACUCCAAUCUGGAGAUGAUGAAUUACACAGCACGCGGAAUCUCCGGAUGGCAAUCCGAGAGGACGUGCAGGAAUUAUGAUGAGUUGACUGAAUGGGCUGAUGAAUGGGGUAUCUCACGGGCGGAGGCCCUCCACACCCAUGACCUCCAAGUCAACUUUGUAAACCAAACACGAACACUACAGUAG